AUGCACUUCCCUCUCCCUGCUCACGUCCCACACAGACCUCCUCCGCCCACGCCCCACACGGCCCUCUCUCCCCGCCCACGGCCCCCACACGGCCUCUCCGCUCACGAAGCCCCAUACGGCCCUCCCUGCCCACGUCUCCAUACGCCCUCUCUCCCGCCCACGCCCCACACGCCCUCUCCGCCCACGCCCCACACCUCCGCCCAGGGCCCCAUACGGCCUCUGCCCACGCCCCACACGGCCCUCUCUGCCUACGGCCCCACGCCUUUCUCCCUCGCUCACGCCUCAAUGCCUUCUCUCUCUGCCCACGGGCCUCAUACGGACCCUCCCUGCCCACGCCCUCACUCAGCCUCUCUCCCUCGCUCACGGCCCCCACACGGGCCCUCCCCGCCCACGCCCCAUAACGGCCCUCUCCCUGCCUCACGGCCCCAUACGGCCCUCUCCCGCUCACUGCCCCCACACGGCCUCUCUCCCUGCCCACGGCCCCACACGCCUCUCUCCUCCGCCUCCACGGCCCCCACACGGCCCCUCCCGCCCACGGCCCCCAUACGGCCUCCCCUGCCCACGGCCCCCACAGACUCUCCCUGCCUCACGCCCCACGGGCCCUCUCCCGUCUACCCGCCCCACGGCCCUCUCUCCCUGCCCACGGCCCCACACGGCCCUCUCUCCUGCCCACGGCCCCAUAACGGCAUCUCCCCGCUCACGGCCUCUACACAGACUUCUCCCCCCGUCUACGGCCUCUACACGGCCUUCUCUCCCCCCCCCAUACUGCCCUCUCUCCUCUCCCCGCUUCACGGCCCCCAUAAUGCCUCCCCGCUCACGGCCCCCACACGGCCUCUCCUCUGCCUACGCCCCACACUGCCCUCUCUCCCGCCUCAGUUCUAUAUCGGCCCUUCUCUCCCUCGGCUCACUGCCCCCUACACGGCCUCUCCCCGCUCAUACGGCCCCACACGGCCUCUCCCUCGCUCACGGCCUCCCACACUUGCCUCUCUCCCGGCCCACGGCCCCCACACCAUCUCUCCAUCCACGCCUCACAACGGCCUCCCGCCCACGGCCCCCAACGGCCCCUCCCGCCCACGCCCCACACCAGCCCCUCUCCCGCCCACGCCCCACACGGCCCUCUCCGCCUCACGCCCCACACCCUCCCCGUCUCGGCCCCCACAACUCUCCCCGCCCCCAACGGCCUCUCCUGCCCACGGCCUCCACACGGCCUCUCCGCCCACGCCCCAACGGCCUCUCCCAUCUACUGCCUACACGCCUUCUCUCUCCUUGCCUCACGGCCUCAUACGCCUUCUCCUCCUGCCCACGGUUCUUCUACACGGCCUUCUCCCGCUCACGUGCCCUCUACACGGCCUCUCUCUCUCCCCGCCCACGCCCCACACGGCCUUCUCCCCUGCUCACGCCCCCAUACGGCCUCCCCGCUCACGGCCCCCACACAGACCCCUCCCGCCCACGGCCCCCAUACCUGCCCUCCGCCCACGGCCCCCACACCCAUUCUCCUGCCCACGGCCCCACCCGCCUCUCUCCCGCCUCACGCCCCUAUACGUGCAUUCCUCCCCGCUCACGGGCCCCCACACAGACUCUCCCCGCUCACGGCCCCACACGCCUCUCCCGCUCACUGCCUCACUGCCUCUCUCCCCGCCUGCCCCCAUAAUGCCUCUCCCGCCCACGCCCCAUAACGGCCUCUCUCCCCUGCCCACGCCCCACACGCCCUCUCCCCUGCCCACGGGCUCCCCACAUCAGCUCUCCCUGCCUAGGCCUCUAUACGGCCUUCUUCCUCGCUUGACGGGCCUCACACUGCCUCCUUCGCCUACCGCCCACUGCCUCUCUCCCUCGCUCACGGGCCCUACACGGCCUUCUCUCCUCCGCCUACCGGCCUCUAUACGGACCCCUCCCCGGCUCACGGGCCUCUGCCACCGUCUCUCUCCUGCCCACGGCCCUCUACACGUGCCUCUCUCCCUCACCACGCCCCUAUACGGGCCCCUCUCCCGGCUCACGGCCCCAUACGGCCUCCCGCCUCACGCCCCCAUACGGCCUCUCUCCCCGCCCACUGCCCCCACACCGCCUCUCUCCCGCCUUCCACGGCCCCCACAACGCCCUCUCUCCCCUGCCCACGGGCCUCUACACGCCUCUCUCCCCGCCCACGGCCCCCAUAAUGGCCCUCCCGCCCACGCCUCACACGACCUCCCGCCCACGCCCCACACGCCUUCUCCCAGCCUGCCCCCACACGCCUUCUCCCUGCCCACGCCCACAUCAGCCCUCUCCCCCUGCCUACGACUUCUCCCCGCUCACUGCCCUGGCUCCGGCCUCUUCCCGCCCACGGGUUUCACACGGCCUUCUCUCCCGGGCCCACGCCCCCAUACGGCCUCUCCCCCUGCCCAGCCUGGCCCCAUACGGCCCUCCCCGCCCACGGCCCCCACACGCCUCUCUCCGCCCACGGGCCCCGCACGGCCUCCUCUCCUCAGCUCAGCCCCCACACCGCCCUCUCCUCCCUCAGUCCACGCCCCACACGCCUCUCUCCGCCUCACGGCCCCCACACGGGCCCUCUCCUGCCUCACUGCCCCCACACCGGCCUCUCUCCCGCCCACGCCCCAUACUGACCCUCCUCCUGCCUCACGCCUCACGGCCUCUCCUCGCCUCUUCCUGCCCACGGCCUCACACCGCCUUCUCCCUACUGCCCACGGCCCUACACGGCCUCUCUCCCGCUUGCUCCUCACACGGCCUUCUCCCGCUCACGGCCUCUACACGGCCUUCUCUCCCCGCCCACGGCCCCCUAACGGCCCUCCCCUGGCCUUCACGGCCCCCACACCGGCCUCUCUCCCCGCUCACGCCCCCAGCACGCCAUCCCCGCCCACGGCCUCCCCACACGCCCUCCCCGCCCACGGCCCCAUAACGGGCCUCCCGCCUCCACGGCCCCAUAACGGGCCCUCCCCGCUCACGGGCCCCAUACCCAGCCCCUCUCUCCCGCCCACGGCUCCCAUACCCGGCCUCCUCCCAUCCACGGCCCCCACACCCAGCUCCUCCCCGCCCACGGCCCCACACCAUCUUCUCCCCUGCCUACUGCCCCCACGGCCUUCUUCCCGCUCACGGCCUCAACGCCUUCCCCUCUCGCUCACGCCCCAUACGUCCUCCUGUUUGUACGGCCUCUACACCGCCUCUCCUCUGCCCACGGGCCUCACACGGCCUCUCUCCUGCCCACGGCCCCCACGCCUUCUCUCGCCCACGGCCUCAUACUACUUUCCUCCCUGCCUCACGCCCCCACGGCCCUCCCUGUUUGACGCCCCCAUAACGUCUAAUGCCCCACACGGCCCUCUCCCUGCCCACGGCCCCACGCCCCCGCUCACGUGCCCCCACGGGCCCUCUCUCCCCGCUCAUCGGCCCCACACGCCCUCCCUGCCUCCACGGCCCCCAACGGCCUCUCUCCCCGCCCACGGCCCCACACGGCCCUCUCUCCCCGCCCACGGCCCCCACACGCCAUCUCCGCCCACGGCCCCACACGGCCUCUCCCCGCCCACGGCCCCCACGGCCUUCUCUCCUCGCUCACCGCUCUACACGGCUUCUCUCCCAUCCACGGCCUCUACACCUCUCUCCCGCCCAGUCUCCAUAACGGCCUCUCCGCUCACGGCCCCCAUACCGCCUCCCCACCACGGCCCCCAUACCUGCCCUCCUCUCCCCGUCAUUUGUCUCCCCAUACUGCCCUCUCCCGCCCACGGCCCCAUAUCGCCCUCGGCCCACGGGCCCCCACACCUCUCUCCCUGCCCACGGCCCUCACACCCGGCCCUCUCCCGCCCACGGCCCCAUGCCACGCCCUCCUCCGCCCACGGCCCCAUAACGUCUCCUCCCCUGCCCACGCCCCAUACGGCCCUCCCGCCCACGGUUCCCCACCCGCCUCUCCCCGCCCACGGCCCCACACGCCCCUCCCGCCUCACGGCCCCACACGGCCUCCUCCCCGCCCACUGCCCCACACACCUGCCUCCUCCUCCGCCCACUUGCUCUACACGGCCUCUCUCGCCCAUCCACGGACCCCUACACAGCCUCUCCCCGCCCACGCCCCAUACGGCCCUCUCCCUCUGCCCACGGCCCCAUAAUGCCCUCUCCCACGCCCACGGCCCCAUACUUAGCCCCUCUCUCCCACGCCCACGGCCCCAUACGGCCUUCCCCGCUCACGGCCUCACUGCCUCUUCCCGCCUUCACGGCUCCCCAACGGCCUUCUCUCGCCUGACGCCCCUCAUACGCCUCUUCGCCCGCUUCACGGCCUCUACACGCCUUCCUCCGCCUCACGGCCCCACACGGCCUCUGGCCACGGCCCCACGGCCUCCUGCCCACGGCCCCAUGCCUCCCGCCCACGGCCCCAUACGGCCUCUCUCCCUGCCCACGGCCCCCACUGCCUUCUCCCGCCCACGCCCCCAUACGGGCCUCUCUCCUGCCCACGUCUUCCAUACUGCCUCCCCCGCCCACGGCCCCACACCCUCCCCCGCCCACGGCCCCCAUACGGCCUCUCCCAUCCACGCCCCCAUACCCGCCCUCUCUCCCACGCUCACGCCCCACACGGCCCUCUCCGCUCACGGCCCUAUACGGCCUUCUCCCGCUCACGGCCUCCCCAUACUUAUUUUCUCUCCCACGCCACGGCUCUACACGGCCUCUCUCCCCUGGCUCACGGCCUUCUCCCACGCGCUCACGCCCCAUAACGGCCCUCUCUCCCCGCUCACGGCCCCAUACGGCUCCCUCCCGGCUCACACGCCCCCAUAA